AUGACGAAAUUCUCGCUUGUUGGAAAGGCCCUCAAGGUCGAUGACUACGAUGAGAUGAAGCGACAUCUCCGCGACAUCACCGACGAAACCACAGAGGUGUACUUUGGAGGCAACACUUUCGGCAUCGACGCUUGCAAGGCCAUCGCUGACUCCAUUAAGGAUAAGCAGAACAUCACCAAGGUGUCCUUCGACGACAUUUUCACCGGCCGACUCAAGGACGAGAUCCCCAAGUCCAUGGAGCACAUCUGUGAGGCAGUUCUGACCCUCAAGAACGCCACCACUGUGGACUUUUCCGACAACGCCUUCGGUAUCACCACCGUUGAUCCCCUGGCUGAUUUCCUCGGAAAGCACGUGCCCCUGCAGCACCUGUAUCUGACCAACAACGGUUUCGGUCCCGCUGCCGGUACCAAGAUCGGAGAGGCUCUGGAGCGUCUGGCUGCGGCCAAGAAGGAGGCUAAGUCCGAUAUCAAGCUGGAGACCGUCAUCUGCGGCCGAAACCGACUUGAGAACGGCUCCAUGGAGUCUUGGGCCAAGUACCUCGCCACCCACGGCUCCGUCAAGAACCUGCAGCUCAAGCAGAACGGUAUCAGACAGGAUGGUAUUGUUGCUCUGCUGGAGAAGGGUCUGUCCAAGUGCCCCAAGCUGGAGAUUCUCGAUCUGCAGGACAACACCUUUACCAAGAAAGGUGCCAAGGCUCUGACCAAGGUCUACUCUCAGUGGCCCGAACUGGUCGAGCUGGGUAUUUCCGACUGUCUGCUUUCCGGCAAGGGAUCUGUUGCCCUUGGUGAGGCUCUCCGAGACGGUAAGCCCCUCGAGAAGCUUGAGACCCUGCGACUCCAGUACAACGAGAUCAACCUCGAUGGUGCGGAGGCUCUCUACGAGGCCCUGGAGAAGAACCUGCCUGCCAUCAAGUUGCUGGAGCUUAAUGGUAACUGCUUCCCUGAGGAUGAGGACGUGAUUGAGAAGAUCACCAAGCUGUUCGACUCUCGAGGACACGGUGAGCUCGAUGAGCUUGACGAGAUGGAGGAGCCUGACUCUGAGGAAGACGAGGAUGACAGCGAUGAGGAGGAGGAAGACGAGGAGGACAAGUCGGAAAAGAAGGAUGACAAGACCGUUGACGAUCUUGCCGAUGAGCUGGAGAAGAAGGCUCACAUCAACUAG